CGCCAAACUCGAGAGACGCACAGUUCCAAACCCAUCGAAGAGGCAAAAGAAGAAAAUAACCACCAGACAUUUUUUUACCAUCCAUUAAUUACACCAGUCCAGUUCCAAAUCCAAUAAUUGACGUCUCUGACCGCUUGCUCCCUUCGUCCUCGGUGAACCAACUGCCAUCACAACCAAAGUCGUUGCAUCUCCCCACCAAGUCUUCCUUCAAAGUGGAACCACGGCAACUUGUCGCAUCGCAUCGCAUCGCAUCGCAUCGCAUCAAUCACUCCUGCUUCUGUAUCGCACCGCACCGCAUCGCUUCCGUCCUUCGAUUCAAAUCCUCCGGAGCAAUGGCCGCCGUCACUCGCCAGCCUUUUGCUCCCCUUGACGGAGCUCGCCUCCAGUCCCUAACAAGCCUAAAGAACAGACAAAACGCAAACGUUUCCCCCAAGCGCAAAGCAGAGUUUCUCGAGAUUGAUAACUGUGAGAAUGUCGAUCCGCUGCUCUUUGCAAAACGCUCCAAGGGCGUAAGCUCAGGCACCCCUGCCAAGGAUAGUCUCAAGCCAACCAACUUCUUCCUCACUCCCAAGAUCAGCACUCCCGUCGCCAGUGCACGAUCACUCGCCGGCCAGAACAAGGCCGCCUCAACGCCUCGUCGUAUUCUGAAUCCCAAGUCAAAUCUGGGCAAGACCAGUGUCGACACUACGCCCAAGUCUUGUCCAGUAGCUCCCGCAGGCCGCUCGCCACCUCAGGGCAAGCGCUCUAGACUUUUGUCGGGACGGCGGCGCGCUACUCGCCUGGACCCCCCCUCAUUUCUGGGCGGCUCUUCCGCUCCAUUCUCUCUCGAUGCCGCCUUGAAAGGCACCAUUGCGGGAUACACCCCUCGGCCAUCCGUCAAGAAGCCCGUCUCCAGCCUGCUUGAGCCUGAAGCCAAGGCCAGCUGGUUCUUCGACAUUCACGAAGACACCCCUGAGCAGGAGAUGACCAAUCUUCUACAGCACAGCACCUGCACACUCGACAUCUCAUCUGAUGAGGAGAGUGAGCAGCGCGCAAAGCGAGAUGGCGCCGAAGGCCGUGACAAGGAGAAUAUUCCUCCCUCGGAUGACGUCUCUCAGACUUCAGCCCAGCGCGCUAGCCCGCCGCCCAAGGGUGAUGAGAUGAUUUUUGAGAAGCAGCGAGUUGCGCUAGGUGAGAUGAAGGCAUCUGACUUCUAUGCCGAGGGCUGUGACGAGACAUCGGUGAUCCUCAUCCAUGAGGACGAGGAGCCAGAAGCUCCCAUUGCCAGUGUCUCAAACAUUCCCGAGGAGCCAGAAGAGGAAGAGGAAGAGGAAGAGUUGGAGAUUCAUGAAGACAUUGACGCCCUCAUUUCAAGAUCCGACAACACAUCAUCCAAGGCUGCCGUCUUGCAACCCAUAGAAGGCGCAGGCGAAAGCUUUGAGCUGUGGGAAAGCAGCAGCGCCAAGGAUGAAGCCGAAAGCGUCGUUGGAAGCCCGUAAUCGGCUGCCCAAUGGAUGGCAAACGGAUUAUAAACGAGGGAAUGAGUGUACGCUUUAAAUGUCGGAUGAAGAGCGAGCCUUGAGCAUUUGUGUGUUUGCGUUUUGUUUUUGUUUUGGUUCGGCCUGCUACCUGCGUCCUGUUUUUGUUUCGGCUCGGCCUGCUACCUGUGUCUUGUUUCUGUCUCUUUUUUUUUCCUCUUCUUCCUUUCCUUUUUCUCCCUGUGAAAAGGUCGUGGCUUGGCGCAUCAGUUUUGCUUUUCCCGGGCUGGGCGGCGUUUCCGGUUCGGUACGGAAUGGUUAUACCAGGAGUUGUUGCUUGAUGCGCCGGUCUGCGGCUGUACGUGUAGAGCCUAUCAGAGUACAGAGUAUCGUGCACAUUUAAUCGUAUUGUUUGAAUG